UUUUCAAUGUAUUGUGGGCAGGACCAGGUAACUGAAGCGCUGCCUUCAUCUCCGCCCUGGACACAGCACUGCUUCCUGAAGAACAACGGUGGUGGGGCUCAUUUGAUGGCUGCGGUUUAGCAGCAGUUAAACGUGGAGCCAGGCUUCCGUAAGCUAUUCAGUUGACCUGAGAUGCUUAGAAAGUAGUCCACAUCACUUACCGUAACAAUUUGGCCAGAUCACAUGUGUGUUGUUACGGUGUUGUCAUAGUAGUUUCUGGACUAGGCCGGUGGAAGCAAGCUGCAGGACCCCGGGGAGUCAUGUAAAGAUAUGGGCUUCACUGGGGCGCUUUGCCGUGACUUUCCUGGCGAACUCCCUCCCACCAGAGGUUGUAUCCCUUAGGGAACGAGCCAGACCAAGGCAGGUGCCUCAUUAAUCUCUGGCUUCAUUCUCUCCUGCUGACUUUCCAAAUGCUGGCAGCGGCUGGGGCCCUGCAUUCCUUCAACAGGAGUCUGCGCCACGAUUGCUGUUUUUGUUUUCGUCCGGCUGAGUCUUGCUAUGAAACACCCAGACUAGCUUGGAAAUUACUAUGUAGCCCAAGCUGGCCUCUAACUCAUAACAAUCCUUCUACAUCGGCCUCCCAAGUGCUAGAAUUACAAGCACGAGCCAGCAUGCUGGCUGACACAUCCUUUUUAAAUCGACAAUUUCCUUGUCUGUUCCGAAUCGGCGUGGAUCGCAGAGGAAGAGAGGGCCGCGUGGCGCGCAUUUCGCUCCACGCGCUCUUCCCUCCCCAGCGCGCUCUUCCCGUCCCCGGCCCGACCUUAGCUCCAUGCUCAGCACACCCUUCCCUUCUCUGGGCAGCCCGCACUACCCCGGUGCGGAACAGCCGGGCAGACGGCGGGAAGAGCCCGGCAGCCAGGCGCGCGGGCGGCGACGUUGCAGGAAGCUCCCAUUCAUAAAGCGAACACCUGCUCGCGGCCUCCUGCCUCUCCCCAGCCCCGAGCAGCCCGGGGAGGUUGUAUUUGGCAACCUUCACGGUGUCCUCGCCAAGUCCUCGCCGCUCUGGGCCUCAUCGUCCACGACUAGCCCGGGUAGAACCGAGGAGACAAAAAAGGCUUGUGGAACGAUGCGUAAAUGAAACCUCGCCCUUUGGCGCGAGGCUGUCCGACAUUUUGUGCCUUGAAAGCUUUUUGCGGGGGAAAUAGAUUUAGGUAGCGACUGUCGCGCUGUGCUGGGGGGCCUUUUCCAAGCGACUGGCCUUUUAGGGACCGCUGUUUACGCUUUCAUGGUGGCGGGAGUGGGCAGGGCAGGAGCUGGCCAGGGAUGCUCUGGCAAGCGGGGCGGGGCGCCGGGCUAAUUCACCGUGCAGACUCCAUCCGAAUCGGAGCAGCUCUCCACAAUGAUCCUCCCCACGAAGCCCUCCGACCCGCCCCUGACUGCCAGCCGCGAGAGGCGAGCCCUCAUUCGCUGAGCUGACGCCUGGCUCCCCGCCCCCCGCCCCGUUACUCUCGCUCUGGAAAUUACAACUCCUGGGCGCGCGGCGCGGCGCGGCGCGGCGGGCGGGCGCGGGAGGCGGCGGGACCGGGAGGGGAUUCCCGAGCCAGCGGGUGUUCACCACCCCCCCACCCCCGCCGCUGCAGCGUGGCGCGGCCAAGGUCAGGGGAACCGCAGGAACCGGAGCCGGCGAGGCGAGCCCGGGACGCUGCUCAAUACGGGCCUGUGAGGAGGCAGCUCCGAAAGCAGCGGCCCGAGCAGCAGGACGGCGACGGUCUCCGGGCCGGGGGAUGCCGAGGUGGCCGUGGUGGCACAACAGCCUGGCGGGGGAUGCGCCUGGGGUGCGGGCGCGGAUUCCCUGCCCAUCCGCUCGCGGGCGCUGUCCGCCGUCUGGUGGUGCUGAACCAGCCCUGGCCCCGCUGCUCCCGCACUGGCCAAGAGCUGGUUAGGGGCGGGGCGCUCGCAGAAGGAAGACUCGGGGCAGCGGCGCUGCGGAGCCCGGCUCAGUAGCCUUGCUGGCUCACAGCAGCGAGUCACUGGUCCUUCGUAGAGUGGAGGCACGAGGUACCCCUGACGGCGCUGCUGCUGCCUAUUCACCACCUGGACAACCUCGGAGGCCACUGCGAGGGCUGCUGGCCACCUUCAUACGGCCGCCUCUGGUGAGGGAGCCUCGCCCUCAGGAGGUGAGGACCCCUCCUUUCUCUGGCGGCCAAGCGUCUUAGGGCGGUGGCCUGAGGACAGAGAGGGGGCGUGCCACCCUCGGGUGAAGACAGCAUGCCCGUGUAAUACCCCCGCCUCCUGACUCAAGAGCGCUGACAUCGCCUGCCCAGCUGCGCUUGUCUUCGGAGCUUUGACCAUCCUUGGCUGGUCCCGAGCGGCUCUGGCCGCGGGCGCGGCGAUGGAGGAGGAGCUGAAGUGCCCAGUGUGCGGAUCCCUGUUCCGGGAGCCCAUCAUCCUGCCCUGUUCUCACAAUGUCUGCUUGCCGUGCGCCCGCACCAUCGCGGUUCAGACCCCGGACGGCGAGCAGCACCUGCCCCCGCCGCUCCUUCUUUCGCGGGGUGCCGCCGCCGCCGCCGCCGCGCCCCCUCCGGAUCAGGAUGCAGCGGCCGGCGCGACCUGCGGAGGCGCCGGAGCUAGUACAGCCGGAGGCCUGGGCGGCGGGGCGGCCGGUGGCGGAGACCACGCGGACAAGCUGAGCUUGUAUAGCGAGACUGACAGCGGCUAUGGCUCCUACACCCCCAGCCUCAAGUCCCCCAAUGGAGUCCGCGUGCUGCCCAUGGUGCCUGCGCCUCCGGGUUCAUCUGCCGCCGCGGCCCGAGGCGCCGCCUGCUCCUCGCUCUGCUCGUCCUCCAGCUCCAUCACCUGCCCGCAGUGCCACCGCAGCGCCUCCCUGGAUCACCGCGGCCUGCGAGGCUUCCAGCGCAACCGGCUACUGGAGGGCAUCGUGCAGCGGUACCAGCAGGGCCGUGGGGUUGCUGCGGGGGCAUCUGCAGCCCCGGCGGUGGCCAUCUGCCAGCUGUGCGACCGCACCCCACCGGAGCCGGCAGCCACUCUCUGCGAGCAAUGCGACGUGCUCUAUUGCGCCACCUGCCAGCUCAAGUGCCACCCGUCCCGGGGCCCCUUCGCUAAGCAUCGGCUAGUUCAGCCGCCGCCGCCGCCCGCACCCCCAGAGGCUACCUCUGCUUCAGUCGGUACUUCCACCGCCUCCAGCGCAGGAGGAUGCAGGAGCCCAGGGGGUGCCGGGGCCCCCGUGCCUCGAAAGUUCCCCACGUGCCCGGAGCACGAGAUGGAGAACUACAGCAUGUACUGCGUGAGCUGUCGGAGCCCGGUGUGCUACAUGUGCCUAGAGGAAGGCAGGCAUGGCAAGCACGAGGUGAAGCCGCUGGGGGCAACGUGGAAACAGCACAAGGCCCAGCUGUCUCAGGCCUUAAACGGGGUUUCAGACAAGGCCAAAGAGGCGAAGGAGUUCCUGGUUCAGCUCAAGAACAUACUGCAGCAGAUCCAGGAAAAUGGACUGGACUAUGAAGCCUGCCUGGUGGCCCAGUGUGACGCCCUGGUGGACGCCCUGACUCGGCAGAAAGCCAAGCUGCUCACCAAGGUCACCAAGGAGAGGGAACAGAAGCUGAAGAUGGUUUGGGACCAGAUCAACCACUGCACUCUGAAGCUGCGCCAGUCCACUGGCCUGAUGGAGUACUGCCUGGAGGUGAUCAAGGAGGACGACCCCUCUGGGUUCCUGCAGAUCUCAGACGCCCUGAUCAAGCGUGUGCAGACCUCACAGGAGCAGUGGGUCAAAGGUGCCCUGGAGCCCAAAGUGUCUGCGGAGUUCGACCUGACCCUGGACAGCGAGCCGCUGCUGCAAGCCAUCCACCAGCUGGAUUUCGUCCAGAUGAAAUGUAGGGUGCCACCUGUACCCCUGCUGCAGCUGGAGAAGUGCUGCACCCGUAAUAACAGCGCCACCCUGGCCUGGAGGACCCCGCCCUUCACCCACAGCCCUGCUGAUGGCUACAUCCUGGAGCUGGAUGAUGGCGACGGAGGGCAGUUCCGGGAAGUGUACGUCGGCAAGGAGACCCUGUGCACCAUCGACGGGCUCCACUUUAACAGCACCUACAAUGCCAGAGUGAAAGCCUUCAACUCCUCUGGUGUUGGGCCCUACAGCAAGACUGUGGUCCUGCAGACCUCUGACGUGGCCUGGUUCACUUUCGACCCCAACUCUGGCCAUCGGGACAUCAUCUUAUCUAACGACAACCAGACAGCCACCUGUAGCAGCUAUGACGACCGGGUGGUGCUAGGCACAGCUGCAUUCUCCAAAGGUGCGCACUACUGGGAGCUGCACGUCGACCGGUACGACAACCACCCAGACCCAGCCUUCGGGGUGGCCAGGGCCAGCGUGGUCAAGGACAUGAUGCUGGGUAAAGACGACAAGGCCUGGGCCAUGUACGUGGACAACAACCGCAGCUGGUUCAUGCACUGCAACUCCCACACCAACAGGACCGAAGGCGGUGUAUGCAAGGGGGCCACUGUGGGCGUGCUGCUGGACCUGAACAAGCACACUCUGACCUUCUUCAUCAACGGGCAACAACAGGGCCCCACAGCCUUCAGCCACGUGGAUGGGGUCUUCAUGCCUGCCCUCAGCCUCAACCGAAACGUGCAGGUCACCCUGCACACAGGACUGGAGGUGCCAACAAACCUAGGACGGCCAAAGCUGUCAGGCAACUAGCCUGGUGGCUCCCGCUGCCUAGCUGGCCGCGAUGGAGGGCCUCGAGGAGGACCAGGACACAGCACAAAGUCCUGGGUACCAGCAGCCAGCGGACAUCUGAAGAUGCUUUUCGGCGGGGGAUUGAGAAUGAAUGCAAUACAAGCCACACGACCAUACUGUGAUCCACUAUGUCAGGAGUGGCUUUUCACCUCCAUGCCACAGGGCUAUGGUCCCCAGGGUGCCCUCAAGACAGUGCUCCGGACAGACACCUUUUGUUUCCAGCUAAUGUUUUCUGACGUCUCUUUGAAACUUUGAUUUCCUCUUAAAUUUUUUUCUUUUUUCUUUUUUCUUCUGGAGGGAGAGAGGGAGACAGACUCUGAGACUUGUAUAUCCCAGGAUGCAUCUGCGCUGUGAUGUCACUUCCAUGCCUGCGUGCAACCCGUUGCUGGGACUCUGCUCCUUCUGGAGUCCCAGGCUUGUCAUCUCUGUGGGAAGGAACUGACCUUGAGCUUCUGGGAUAUGCAGUUUUCAAUUCACUGCAAACCAAUUCAGAGGGGACAUUAAUCACUAAUGAGCUGCUAGGACCCUUCAGAAAGGCUUCCUUAGGGUCUGUAACAUUAUCCAUGUUCUGUCGAUCUCCCUCUCCCUCCCCCACACACACAGAAACACACACACACACACACACACACACACACACACACACACACUCACAUACACUGUCUCUCUCAAACACAAACACACACAAUCUAUUACAUUUUAUUCAUUCAGUUCUUAGUUACGAAUAGAAACCCUGGAAUCCAAGACAGUGAUACAUCUUUGCACAGGUGGCUUUUUCUAGUACCUGCUUCCACAAAAAUUGUCAGACAUAUAUCGGCACUGCCUUCCUGGGCUGGGGCCUGAGCACGGAUGCAGCAGACCCUGGGAAGACCUCACAUCGAAAUAAGCCCUUAGGGCUUCACCCAGUGCCCUCUUUGAAGCAUCAUGAACUUGAGAAGCGACCCUGGUGGCAACAGGGCUGGCUCUGUUACUAUGAGACAGAUGAGCCCCCAGAGAAGAGCUGAAACUCGAUGGCCACACCCUACAGCCUCUCUUUCCACUCAAGCCAGGGUUCCCCCGGACGCAGCUGAGUCUUCCUUCUUCCAAGGAGCACUGCCCUUGCUGGGGAGCUCCACUCGGAAUCAUCCUGCCUUGGGGCCCUGUGUGCUCACUUCCUGUCUCCCGCAGUCUCCAGAGCUCACUUCCUGUCAGUCUCCAGCUCUGCCUGGCAGCAGCCUUGCUCUCUCCCUUGGAAAGAAGUCAACUCAUCCGGCGUUUCACCGUACACAGGGAAAUGACUUGCCUGUCAGACGUACCUGCGCACCGACCCCAACUGUGCUUCCUAAGUACCCACCACUGGGCUGCACAGACCCACCAGUCCUACCUCAGAAUUCUUCCUCGUGGCCCCAGUUUCCUCAAACACUCCGAUGUCACCAGGAGCAGUUCGGCACUGCACAGCCUCCACACUGGACCCUGAGGCCAUCUUCACUGCACAGGGCUUGGCCUUGGCUUCUCUGGACUCCCAUCCUGCUAAGUAAUCUCUGGGUCACGACUCCAUGUAGAGCCCUCAGGGCAGCCACAGGACCCCAGCCGGCCACAGCCUCAGUUGCUCAACACCUCUUUGUCCCUUUCCUACAGCUCUGGCCGCAGCCACAGCUCUGAAAGGGAGAGACAGGUAUUUCAAAGGGAAGAACAUGGAGGAGCCCCUGCCUUCCUGGACCCAGGAAGCCACGUACGGCCGUGGUCAGGGCUGGUGGUGGUAAUCCAGGCAUUUGGCUGUCUUGUGGGAGAGAGAAACCAGAAACCUUGGAGUAAGAAUGGGGCAGGAAGGCCGGCCACGGGGGAUCCUUAGUCUCAAAGCCUGGGCCAAUCAUCUGCCUGGUGAUCUGUACCUGUGGAUGGCUUUGGGGAGAUGAGAAAGUGGCCAUAAUCCCAGGUGACUUUUUUUGUUUUUUUUUUUUGUUUUUGUUUUGUUUUUUUUUUUUUUUUUUGGUGCUGGAGAACCCAACCCACGGCCUUGGCCUUGCACAUGCCAGGAAAGUGCUCUACCACUGAGCCCCCUAGCUCUUCAGGAGGCCACUUUCCUCCUCCUCCCCCUUUCCUCUCUUCUUCCUCCUCCUCCUCUUUUUUCUUCUUAUUGUUUUGUUUGAGACAUGGUCUCACACUGUAGCCCAGGUUGGCCUGGAAUUCACUAUACAGCUUAGGCUAGCCUUGAACUCACAGCAAUCCUCCUGCCUCAGCCUCUUGAGUACUGGGAUUACAGAGGUGAGCACCACACCCGACUCAGGUGACCUCUUUAAGGAGGUUCCCUGGAGUUGAGCAAGGCAGAGCCAGCCCCCGCCCCCCACAGCAGUAUAAGUGGGUGGGGCUAGUUGUCUCCCUUUGCUCACUAGAGCCCAGAAGCAAUACGCUGGUGCCAGGGACAGCCCAGGCAGCCCUGCACAGCCACCUCUCCCCUGCCUUCUGUACCGGGCGCCUUUCAGGGACAAGAAUGCGCGGAGAAGAGUAGGGAGGGGCGGGGCCUCACGCUCAGGGCUUGAGAGGGGCGGGGCCUCACGCUCAGGGCUUGAGGCAAUCUGGAAAGAGGCAAAGCCCUGGCAGAGGGCAGAGGGAUCGCGGAGUUCUAUCACAUGGAGUCCUUAGCAGCUGGCACUGAGGUGCCACAGCUGUGUAUACAUGACGUUGGUGUAAGGCCUUCCUUCGUGAGCCACUGAGAAGGACCUCGGGUUAAGUGUCAAAUGUCUGCGAGAACGGCUCUGAAGCCUAUUCGCUGGGUGGGUCCGUGAAUGCCAAUCCCUUUUGAAUGAAUGUCCUUGACAAGCACCCACUGGUACCCACCCCUACACACAGCACCUCUCCCCUCACAGCAGGACAGCAGCGCCCACAGAGCUGGCUUUUCCUCCUCUGCCCUGUCUGGGAACACAGACCCAGCCUUAGUCACACUGUGCGUGGUCCAGGCUGUACCUUCAGAUCUUUAUGUGCUCUGUGGUUCCAAAAUGUCCUUAGCUGCCCUGUAGCUCAAAGGAAUCCAGAGCCAGGAAGCAUUAUGCUGAUAGCAGGGUGAGCCCCGAGACAGACACGGGCAAGCUCUGUGAGAGAUGGGUGCGCAUGUGUGGGGCACCCUCUACUGAGCUCUUUCCUUUGUUUAAGGUGAAGUAACCCAUCUCAGGUCAGGACCCACAUACAGUGACCUUGUGCAUGCAUCAUGCAUGGGCAGCAUGUCAGCCUUCAUUCUGUGAGUGAAAGGCUUGCUCUUUGAGUCUCUACAUGACUCAGUGCAGGUGGUCCCGGUUUGCCUCUCACGUGGCUAUUACCAGUCCCCCUGUUGUGGAGGUGAAGGGGGUGGAUGAAGUCACUUGGGGAUCUCAAAGAACACCAUCCCAGGGCUGUGGGAGUGGCGCCUGGGUGCUGGAGAGCUUAGCACCCGGGUCUCUAUUCUCCAGAUACCAGGAGCACCCCCAGUUAGUGUGACAGCCCCAAAUACCCAAAGGCAUCCAGAUACCCCCUCAGAGCUGACCUGGAUCUGGGCCAUGCCGAUUCGUUGAAUGUUGACAUUCAUAGUGCUGGCCGGUACCCCUUCCUGUGUCACAUAGGUCUGUCCCAAAGCCAUCGUUAACCCAACCUAAGAAUUCUUCACAGGUCUUCAGUGAGGAACGAAGGGCUCACAUUUCCGCCAACUCCCACCUCCAUUCUUGCAAAGAAAAACUCCCCUUUCUUGGCCACUGUUUACCGGCAGGAGGAACAGGGACAUCUUAAUGGGUUUGGGGCCCUCAAGGGGUUAAAGAAUUCCUAUGUAUAUUGUUAAAAGGCUUUCAAAGUCCAUACUAGUCCUGGGAACUCUGGUACCCCAGGAAAAGCAGGUCGUCACUGGCAGCCCAUCUGGUAUGGGCUCCUGGCUGAAGGGGGGUCCUUGAGAGCUGAGGGAAAAGGGAGGGACCAGAGUCUCCCUCACCGCUUACCUUUGAAGCUGGCUUAGGUGUUGGCUCACAGCAUGCAUGGGAUGAGCCUCCCAACUCUUCCGUGCCUCAUUGUCCCUUCCUGCAGCAGGACUGGUCACACCAACCUACCUCCUCUCCGAAUUGUGUGGAUCACGAAAGAGACUCAACAAUCAGGUCCAGGCUAAACGGCUCAUUCAGUGGAUCUAAUCUGGGUGAUUGUUACUGCGUCCUCUAACCACAAUAUCUUCACCCAAGCUUCACGUGACCACAGCAAGCACAUUCCAUUAGUGGAGGCGAGCCUGGGUUAGUAUAAUGUGUCAGGGGCUGGAGAGAUGGCUCAGCCGUUAAAGGCUAGGCCCCCAACCAAAAAUAUAAGUAUAAUGUGUCAGGGCCUCGAACUGGCCAAACCUGUCAGCAGCCUCCUCCUGUGUACUAAAGGCAUCUGCAUGUGGUAUGCCCUAAGCCAAGACAGACAGACAGACAGACAGACAUACAUACAUACAUAUAUAUAUAUAUAUAUAUAUAUAUAUAUAUAUAUAUAUAUAUGCCUUUUGCCUUCUGUUCCUUCAGUUCCAGUCUUUAGGAACUCCCCCCCCCCCGCCCCCCUGCCCCUUGGCAUUUGACUUUUGUUUAUGGCUUCGGAAGUCUCCUGAGACUGUUAUGGCAUACAGCUGAACUAGGACCUGGAGGGGAUGACUGGCCACAAGUUAAUUUUAGACAACUGACUGCUGCCAGCGUUUCCUGGCAAAAGCUAAGAAGGGUGGGAGCCCAACUUUUUCUCCCCCCCCCCCAACAGGGCUGAACUCAGUGGGAGGAGCUGGGACCCGACUCUAAGUGACAUGUUUCCCUCGAGUGGCCAGUUGUCAACUCAGCUCUGGGAAGGUGGCAGAGUUGGAGGGCUAGAGGGGGUCCCUGGGCACCAAUGGGCACAGCUGUUCGAGGAGGCUACACAGGCCCUGAGACAGAGGCUGAAGGUACUUGAGUGGCCUUUCCAACUCCAAGCCACAGGAGACUGGACUUCCCAAGCACCCCACUUUCUCAGCACCAGCAGAGAGUGGGGUGCAGACACAACAGAAAACGUGAAUGCAUGAUAUAGAAUCGCCACCAUUGCACUGCACGGCGCACUGAGCAUGAACGGUGUUUGUAUAAUGUUGGCGAAGGAAUUUAACAGAAACAGAAAGCUAUGUACCGUUGUUCCUCCCGUUUCCCCGCCUUUCCUUGCCUCCCCUUCCCACUCUCCCUACCGAACCCAUUCUGUCCCCGCCCCCAGUGGUUGGUAUUUGGUGGCAGCUCUUGGUCCUGUGACUGUUUAUGUCUCACUGAAAACACGGAGGGGUGGGCAGCGGUAAGGGAAGUAAUUUUUUUCUAAUUUUUGUAUAGCUCUCCACAAGCGUUUGUAUUUUUUGAAUUGCAAACACUGUGUUUUCUGGUCCUUGGGGGUUGGUUGAUCUUCCUGUAUUACUUUUUGGAAAACUUGAGUUUUACCACAUUCUUAAACAGAUUUGAAAUAAAUUCUUUUGACACCGCCAACAA